CAAUGCGCUGGUCUUUGAUUGGACAUUUCGAACGUCAAUCAUAGUUGAGAAGGCUUGCUGGGAUUGAACAGGUUGAGGAAGGCUGCAGAAACCACCAACUAAAUAAACAACGUAUUGACUAAACACGCAAACUGGAAGGGCUCAGCGCGGUGUGGGUGCCCAGGGAUCCACUGCCUGAGUGUGGGGAGCGAAGCGGACGGACCCCCCCAGCCAUGAACCACACCAAAGGAGGACUAGUCAUCUUUAGCGCUAACUCUCAUCCCUCCAGCCGAGAGUUGAGCAGAAGGAUUUCCGAGCGGUUGGGGGUGGAACUUGGGAAGGUGCAGGUGUACCAGGAAGCUAACCGAGAGACACGUGUGCAGAUCCAGGAGUCGGUCAGAGGAAAAGAUGUUUUCAUCAUCCAGACUGUGUCCAAGGAUGUGAACACCACCAUCAUGGAGAUGCUGAUCAUGGUGUACGCGUGUCGGACGUCGUGCGCCCGGAACAUCAUCGGGGUGCUUCCCUACUUCCCCUACAGCAAGCAGUGUAAGAUGAGGAAGAGGGGCUCCAUUGUGUCCAAGCUGCUGGCCUCCAUGAUGUGCAAAGCAGGUCUGACUCAUCUCAUCACCAUGGAUCUCCAUCAAAAGGAGAUUCAAGGCUUCUUCAACAUCCCAGUGGACAACCUACGGGCCUCUCCCUUCCUUCUACAGUACAUCCAGGAGGAGAUCCCAGACUAUAGAAAUGCUGUGAUUGUGGCCAAAUCUCCUGCCUCUGCCAAAAGGGCCCAGUCCUUCGCUGAGCGCUUGCGUCUGGGUAUAGCUGUGAUCCACGGGGAGGCCCAGGAUGCAGAGUCAGACCUGGUGGACGGGCGCCAUUCUCCCCCCAUGGUCAGGACCACAGGAGCCAUCCACCCCAGCCUGGAGAUACCAUUGCUGAUCCCUAAAGAGAAGCCCCCCAUCACCGUGGUGGGAGAUGUAGGAGGGCGCAUCGCCAUCAUCGUGGAUGACAUCAUCGAUGAUGUGGACAGUUUUGUGGCGGCGGCCGAGACUCUGAAGGAGCGCGGGGCGUACAAGAUCUUUGUCAUGGCAACGCACGGCAUCCUGUCCUCGGACGCACCCAGACUCAUAGAGGAGUCUGCUAUCGACGAGGUGGUGGUCACCAACACCAUUCCUCAUGAGCUGCAGAAGCUGCAGUGUCCUAAGAUCAAGACGGUGGACAUCAGCAUGAUCCUGUCAGAGGCCAUCAGACGCAUCCAUAACGGGGAAUCCAUGUCCUAUCUGUUCCGCAACAUAGGGAUGGACGACUGAACACACACACAGGCCCCCACACACACACUCUAACCAGGAUCUGGACGUGUGCUGGUGUGUGUUAGUGGACAGAGUAUGAGGGUAAAGGCUGUGCUCUGGGUUUCCUAUGACUGAACAGAAAUACUGAUAUUUAAACCGUUCUGACAAUAGUUGGCCAACUAGUUUGUUGCCAUAGCGAUGUUAGACAUACAGGGUUCCGGGACUGGACUAAGUUAUAGCUGGGAAUCAAGACUGAAGCAGGUCUUUGUUAUUGGUACUCACAUGAAAUGUUUUUGUAUUCAUAUACUUCUAUAUCACUGAGAUGAAUAAAUGAAAAUAACUUAA